AGCAGCCUAUAUAUGCCAGCUAAGGCCUGCACCUGCACCUACACUUUUUUUUACUACAUUUUCUUUUUCUCUCUGUUUCCAGCAUGGCAGCUUCGAAUCGACCGACCGCGCCACUAAGCCGUGACUACUGGAAAUUAGCGCUCGACGCCGUGGACCCUGCUCUGGUAUCCAGCCUGAACUUGACAAAGACCAAAAGGCACGAUGUACUAGCGGCUGUACUCCGUACCUGCGAGGAUAAGAGGGCUCUUUGCAUGCAGAAAAGAUGGCGUUUCAAGAAACCAAGCGGAGAUGUGAUAUUUAUCCGAGACGUGCUGGAAAAAAUCACAAAAUGGGUCGACAGAUUCAGGGAAGUAGGAGAUGCCGCCGUCCAGUUUGACAUGUCUCACGCAUCACUACCGUGGGCCGGCGUGCGCUUCCUGCUGCAGGCUACGGUCAAUGACGUAGGGAUAUUUGGCGCCAUGGCCACCAAUCUGGAAACUAUCUCACGCCUCAUUGCCUCAUACCAAGAGUUUGAGCAGCUUCACAUUCAACAAGGAUCAGCUGUAGGCGGGCCUCUCGAGGAAAGCUUGACCCGCCUCUACGCAGCAAUCUUGACUUUCCUGGCCGAAGCAGUGCGUUAUUACCAUGAUUCCACUGCUAUCCGCAUCAGCAAAAGCCCGUUUCGGAGUAUGGAAAAUCCGCACAUGCAGAGAGUUCUUGCCCAGGAAUCAGAGGUCUUGAAACUUGCUGGGCUGGCCGACACAGAGAGGUUACUUAGACUCCAGACAGUUAUGAUGCGCCUCUCAGACCAGGCUACAGUUUCAGAGAAGUUUCUCCAGGAAAGCAAAUACCGAGAAUUGGUGAACUGGCUUUCUCCUACGCGCUUCUACCAACAUCAUGCAGACCACUCUGAACGCCGACUCGCUGAAACAGGACAGUGGUUAUUGGACCAUCCCAAGUAUCGCCAGUGGAGGACGUCAAGCUCGUCAUCAAUAUUGCUAGUUCACGGUAUUCCUGGAUGUGGAAAGAGCAUGCUUACCUCUAAGGUUAUUGACUCACUGCUUUCCGAGCGCUUAGCGAACCCGGCAACGGCUCCGUUUGCAUACUUCUACUGCGCCGACUAUGAAGCGGAGCCCGAACGUCGUCAACCGGAAGAUAUCCUGCGCAGUAUAGUUAGGCAGCUCGGUGUAUCAUCCCAGCCACCACGAAGAGUUCGAGAUACUGUCUUAUCCGAAUAUGAGCGAAGGCAGGCAGAGGCUGAAAUCGGAGGAUGCGAGCUGCUGAAGCUGCAAGUCAGCGACUCUUUAAAAUUGACUUUGGCUCUCAUCAGCACGGAUCCAGUAACAAUUGUCGUUGACGCCGUGGAUGAAGUGCAAGAAAAGAAGCGGUUCGAACUGCUCAAUGCCCUCCACCAGCUUGUCUUCAUCACGAGCCGUGAUAACAACCACGUCCUCGCACUCUUACCCGACGCCAGCAAGAUUCGUGUCCAAACAGAAGGCAAUCAGAAAGACGUGAAAUACUUUGUUCGCGAUCAAGUUGACAGGGUUAUACAAGAGAAAAGGCUUCUCAAUGGGUGCGCAUCGCAAGAUUUGCGAGAUGAUGUGGUGAAGACAUUAAUCGAUGGCGCGGGUGAGAUGUUUCUCUGGGUCACACUUCAGAUCGAGUAUCUCUGCCACAUGAAGCACGAGCAAGACAUCAUAAGCACGAUACGCAAACGAAACUUGACCAAUCUAGACGGAAUUUUUGCCUAUAUCGUUACCAGGAUUUUAGAAUCCGAAAAAGUCGGACGCGACAUUGCUAUUCGGGUAUUCUCCUGUCUUUUGUUUACCAAAAAGCCCCUAACAGCAACAGCUAUCAUCUCCGCUGUUUGCCUAUCGAGCCCUACGAAUCAGCCACCAAUUGAGGCUUCGAGUCUGCUCGAUGUUUGCUUCAACCUGGUUGUGAUUGAUCCCAAAUCUAUGGCUCUCCGGUUUGCCCACCAGUCAGCUCAAGAGUUUAUUCGCACCAAGGCUAUCUUCUCAGAACUCUCAGCCCAGCGGCUUCUUGCAUCAAGCUGUCUUCAUGUGUGCAUGCAAGGCCCACCGGAUCACAACAAUGCUGUUCCACUUUUGGAGGGGACAUUUUAUCGCUACGGCACUAUAUCAAGAUUAGUUAUUCCAUCUAAUGGCCGAUUUAUCAACGACAAUGAUGGUGCUGAUGAGAGCUUAUCAUACAUCAUUUGGCUUGACUAUGCAAAACAAUUUGCACAGGAGCUUUCCAAGGAAGGUCCUAAAAAACAUGCCCUGAAUGCUAUUAGCAGCUCAAACAUCUCACCGCUUUUCACCGCAUCCGUCUUCGGUCUCGAAGGGCUACUUAAUCUCGUCUCUUCCAGGGCCCUUGGGAGCCUAAAUUGGAAUCAAAAAAAUCUGAACGACCAAACAGGCCUUUACCUUGCAGCCGCCUUUGGCCAUGACCUAAUCGUCUCUCGCUUUAUCCGUGAAGGAGCCGACAUCGAAAUCACCUGCGGAGAGCACGGUAGCGCCCUAGCUGCCGCUUGUUUCGCAGGACACACAGCAGUUAUAGAAUUUCUCUUAGCCCGAGGAGCUUCAGCCCGGUCGGACAACACGUUCUCGAACGCGCUCGAGGCCGCUUUCCACGGCAGCCACGAAAACAUCGCAUUGCUCGUCCUUAAAAGCGGCUAUGUUUGCAGCCAGAGUAAUUAUGACGCGGCUCUUCAAGGAGCUGCACAAGCUGGCUUCCUCAAUAUCGUGGUAUGGCUCUAG